AUGCCCGUCCAAACCAGCCCGCCGUCAGUCCCGGACUCCUUUCCUUCCUUCAUGUCGGUCUUCGAUGGGAGGUUGCCCAUUAGCCACCCCCAAGAGGACCACAACUCCACCGUCCAGCCCCUGCGGGUUCCCACGAAUGUCACUUCCAAUACCACCCGACGACCCCUACCCUUCAAACAUCGCACAAGCAUCUCGUCCAUGACCUCGGCGUCAACCGACUCCUCCCCGACCACCACCAUCUCCACGUUCGAUUCCGCCUCGGACGCUCGCGUCGGCCCGGCGGACGACCUGCCCCCGCCGUCGUGCGGCGCCCCCAACCACACCCGCCCGGACUCGCCCGGCCGCCGGGCCCGGAAUCUCAAAAACCUCUCUCUGCGGAUGCCUCCCCCGAGCCAGUCGGAUCGACCUCCGAUCGCGACGGCCUCGGUCGUCGAAACCUCCUCCCAGCAUCACCUCUCCGCGCCCCCGUCUCCGGCUUAUGCGCCGGCCAAGAGCACGCGGCGGAAACCCGCCAACCUGACCAUCCGCACGCCGGGUUUCGACCGCUCGCUUUCCUGCAACCUCUCGGAGAUGGUGCCCCCGACCCCGCACGCUCUGCGCCACACCGAAUCGUCCCCCUCCCUCUUCUCCCCGUCCUUUGGCCCCCAGGGGGGCAUGCAGCUGCCCCGGCCCGUCACCCAUCACGGCAGCGGCCGGCGGUCGGGCGCGGUGGACGACCCCCACGCGCCGCGGCCGUCGCGGUCCGACGAGGGCUCCCGUGCCGUCCUCCACGAGCUGGCGGAAGAAGAGGACCACCUCGACUCGCGCGAGUCGAUGCGCCGCAGCGAGCGGGGGUACCCGAAUGGCCCCGUCCGGAUCUACGACUCGGGCGUGUAUCUCUACCUCGAGCCGACCGCCGAUGAAGCGUCGCACUUCGAUGUCGUCGUCAACGUCGCCAAGGAAGUCGCCAACCCCUUCCGGAACGACCGCCCCGGCGCCGGCACGGUCCUGAGUGCCUGGCGACAUGCGCCGGCGGGCGCGACCCGACCAUCCAUCGCGGAGCCCACCACGGCCUUGUCGGACGCUUCCUUCCAGUCGGCCUUCGAGUACCCGCCGAGCGACGAGAGCUCGCCCGCGACGCCGCGGACGGAGCCGGCCAGCCCGGAAUACCUGCACGUCGGCUGGGACCACAACUCGGAGAUCCUCGACGAUCUGUAUACGCUGUGCCAGCUGAUCGACUCCCGCAUCGCCCAGGGCAAGAAGGUCCUGAUCCACUGCCAGCUCGGCGCCAGUCGGUCCGCCUCCCUCGUGAUCGCGUACGGCCUGUACAAGAACCGGCACCUGGACUUCAACUCCAUGUACGAGUUCGUCAAGGAGCGCAGUCGCUGGGUCGGCCCCAACAUGAGCCUGAUCUACCAGCUGACGGACUUCCGCGCGCGCCUGGCGCGGGGAGGCGCUUCGCCACCCGCCCCGGAGGCGUCAUUCAUGCCCGGAGGGCGACGCAGCUCCGAGCCCCAGCCGCCGCGGGCCGGGCGGAUGGACCCGUCUGGUGGCGCCCCCCCGCUGCCGCGAUACGGGAGCGUCGCCCUGGAGUCCGGACAGCCCGCGUUGCCGGGCCUCAACGCGCAAGCGGCCAGCUCCUCGCUCUCUGUUCCGGCCACGGAUUCGGCCGGCCCGAUCGCAGGCCCUCGGUGGGGGUUCGCCCCGUCGCUGUCCCACAAGCGGAGUCUGUCUCCGCGACCGUUGCCCCUGCGGCAAUCCAGCUUCCACGCGCUGCAUUCGGCAUUCCGCGCGGGCCGCACGGAGUUCGGGCCCGGCCUGAUGGCGCCCGAGCAGGGGCCCUAUUCCUUGGGCAAGACGGAUAUCUUCGUCCGCGACGCCCCCGAGGAGCCGUCCGCGCUCUUCUCGCCCCGGACCACAGGGUUUCUGGCGGCGCCAGCAAUGUCCUCCGUCUCGGACGCGUUGGCGAACCCGGGGCCUCUCGACCCGCGAUUUCGGUCGCCCAUGGUAGAUCCGCGAUCCCCUCCGCCGGGAAAUGAACGGAUAAUCAUGAGAAGUAUUGAUGAAUUUCUAUAG